AAAAGCGCGCCCUCUGAGAAAGCCUGUCUGUUCUUUUACUGGAGAGAGAGAGAGGGCCAAACUCUCUGAUUGAUUAAGAGAGAGAGAGGGAGAGAUUUCUUCUUCUCCCUGCCCCAAAUCUUUCACAGAGAUCUCUCUGCCCACCUCUCUUUCCUCGCAUUCUUUUCUUCUUUUCUCUUUUAUGUUGCUGCUAGAUUAAUAAUUGGAGUUGGGAGAAAAGGGUUGGUGGUGGUGCUCGCUGGUGCUGGAAUGGCGGCUCUGCAUGGGGGUGGAGGUCGGAUUCUGAGACGCUGAGUUGGAUUUCUUCCCAAGCGGGACCAUGAAGUUCGGCUCAAAGAAGGGGUGGAAAACCCUUAUGCCUCUUCGCCUGCAUAGGAAAUCUGCUACCCGUUUCUGUAUGUUUCCCAAGGUCCGCUCUGCCAGCCAAACACCAGGAAAUGCACCGGUUUAUCUGAAUGUGUAUGAUUUGACGCCCAUGAAUGGCUAUGUUUAUUGGGCAGGCCUUGGGAUUUAUCACACUGGCGUUGAAGUUCAUGGUGUGGAAUAUGCAUUUGGGGCACAUGACUAUCCAACAAGUGGGGUCUUUGAGGUUGAGCCUCGGCAAUGUCCAGGCUUCAGGUUUAGAAAAUCGAUAUUCAUGGGUACAACCUGCUUAGACCCAAUGCAGGUUAGAGAGUUUAUGGAGCUUCAUUCUGUAAACUACAAUGGAAAUACAUAUCAUUUGAUUGUGAAGAACUGCAACCAUUUUUGCAAGGAUAUUUGUUAUAAGCUGACUGGUAACAGAAUUCCAAAAUGGGUGAACAGACUUGCCAGGAUAGGGGGUGGUGGGGUGCAACGAUAUUGGUCUCCCUCAUCAUUCGGAGCCCUCUGCAACUGCUUAUUGCCUGAGACCCUUAAGAUUUCUGCUGUUCAUCAUGAUCCAGAUUCCCAAGCUGAGGAUGGCGAGAAAAGGAGGUUGAGAAGUGCCUUCAGUUGCCUAUCUUCAAUCUCUAUGCGUCAGAGGCAGUUGUCAGCAUCCUCUCUUUUCUUGCCCUCUCCCCUAAAAGGGUGCCUUCCACCAUGGGAGUUAAAAAGGUCUGGUGCCAUCCUGUUGAAGGAGAGGAAAGCAUUUGAUCAGUUUUUGAGCUCUGGUAUGAAAUGAUGGCAAUGUAAAACAAGAUACAAGCUUUUCAGGAAAAAUUGCCACAGGGAAAAGCAUGGCAAAAUGUUGUUUGAUGCUAAGUGAAGGGAAAGUGUAUAAGUCUUUGUAUGGUUUUGUUUAGGCUGGCAUACUAAGUGGUGACUGUCUUAUGUGGCUCUGUAUCUGUCUGAUGAUUUUAAACUCUAGCAAUGCUGUCAUUUUGUCAUGGCAGUGAUGGUAUCCCAUGUCGAAAUGACUGCUGUUCUCAUUUCCUUGAAAUACUAAUGCUUGAUGAGCUUUCUUGUGUUGUACUUC